GUGGCUGAUAGAGGUCUGGUACUUUCAGCUGGUGACUCGGGACAAUCGCAUUCGGUUCCUGCCACCCGCCUGUUUUAUUACUAAAGCCACCCCAGCCAGGAUCCUUCUCGUUUAUUUGCUAAAAGGAUAUCAUGUUCUCUAAAAGUUACCUUUCUGCGAUAUGUGUUCUGGUUUUGGCAGCAACGGUGUAUGUGACAAGCGAAACGUUUUCUUGUCCGCCAAAAGGGACCAUGUGGAUCAGAGACCCACGUAAUUGUAGUUUGAAUCAUUGGUGCAUCGAAGGCAACUAUUCGGGGUCAUUCUACUGCGGCCCUGGAUACGUCGCUGGCGGCAGUAUCGCUCUUUGUACAGUGGCACCGUUUGAAUAUGACUGGCAUAGUUGCAAAGAUCUCAUGAAAAUUAAUAUUGAGAAUGAUCCCCGGUGUAUACACAAGAACGGAAGUAACCCUGAACCUACCGAUUGUGCAAGAUUUGUUGAAUGCUGGGAAGGAACUUCACUUUCUGUGAAAUGGUGUCCACAAGGUCUUCUCUACAAUACAACGAAACGAAUGUGCAUGUGGCCCACCAGAGUAGAUUGUACCAAUCGACCAAACAAGAUGGCAGACAGCGCAAGUCUCAGCAAAUUCCGAUCAGAGUGCAAUGUAGCGCGAGGCAAAGGCCACAUCCUUAUCACUUAUCCGGGAGACUGCAGCCAGUAUAUAUCCUGCGAUUCAAAUGACCAGACCCCACAACAGUGUGCUUCGGGUACAGUGUUCAACCCUGCUAAACAACAAUGCGAUUUCCGUUCCAACGUACCCAGCUGUAAAUUAGACCACUGAAGCAUAAAGCCCUCGAUAUUAGAAAUAAAAAAAAGAAGCAAAUUGAGCCAUCUUCCAUGAGGAGAGAAUUAACAAUAAUGACAGCAACACCAACAGCAAUAACAACGAAGCAACGGCAACAGUUCAGUAACAACAAGAACAAUAACAACGACAAUAUCAGCUGCGAUACUAACAGCAGACGAUAUUCAUAAAUGAUACAUUUGUAAAGAAAACAAUAAAUAAUAUCGAACCUAUAUAAUAAAGAAAAACAACAGUAAAUAUUUA